ACAAAACAAGCAAAGCUUUAAUUUGAUUAUAGCCAGCCAGCCCAGUUAGUUAGUUAGUUAUACAGUUAUCCCCCUGCCUUGUAAAAUUGCUCUUGAUUAACAUGGCGGCGGAGCCGAUGAGCGGGAAGCUGACGGCGGAGGUGGAGCUGCACGGCCCGCCGGCGAAGUUCUACAACGUGUUCAGGAAAACGGCGCACCACAUUCCGACACACACCCCGAGCCAUAUUCAGGCCGUUCAAGUCCACGACGGCGACUGGGAGAGCCACGGCUGCAUCAAGUUCUGGAUCUAUACUUGUGAGGGGAAGAUCGAGGUGUUCAAGGAGAAGGUGGAGUUCGACGACGCCAAGAAGACCGUGAAGCUGAACGGGCUGGAAGGCGACGUGAUGAAGAUCUACAAAGUGUACAACCCGAUCUUCGAGUUCGUCGCCGAAGCCGGCGCCGGCGGGAAACAGGGGGUGGCGAAACUGGCGAUCGAGUACGAGAAGCUGGACCCGAGCUUCCCGCCGCCGACCAAGUACAUGGAUUUCAUGAUCGGACUCACCAAGGAGGUCGACGCCGGCAUCGUCAAAGCCGCGCUUGAUUGAUUCCCAUCAUCCAUCGUCGGCGAUUUACCGUUACUACUCUGCCUUCGUAUGCUUUAUCGAUCGGAUAUAUGUUUUGCUAUAGCUAAUAUAAUCGACGUCUCUGCAGAAGUAUGUGUGUGAUUUUUCUGUUAAGUGUGUACGUAUCUAAGUCAAGAGUGGUUGUGUGUGGCUGGUGAAACGAUGUGUGGGUUUGCCAGAAAAAUGCUAAAUAAAGAAUCGAUUUUCAAGCGAGUAAUUUUGAGGUU